CCCUGUAGAUGCUGUGGCUGCUGGUCCUGACUCUCCCCAGUCUGGGGGGCUCCGUACCUGUGACCUCAGAUCCUGGCCCAGGGACUGAGCUGGUGGGCAUCAUGGGGGGGCAUGAUGCUGCCGAUGGGAACUGGCCAUGGCAGGUGGGUCUGUGGGUCAGGAAUCAAACAAGUUCAAAGUGGCAUCUCACUUGUGGGGGCUCCCUCAUCCACCCCCAGUGGGUGCUGACCGCUGCCCACUGCAUUCCAGGGAGAAACCCAGUGACUCGGCACUUUAAGGUCCAACUAGGACGACUGAGACGCUCAUACAAUGACAGUGUGCAGGUGGCCAGGAUCAUCCGCCACCCCAAGUACAGGCUUGAAAAAGGAGCAAAAGGUGGGGCGGACGUGGCACUUCUCAAACUGGAGGCCCCCGUGCGACCAUCUAAGCGUGUCAACUGGAUCCGCCUCACGCCAGCCUCCUCCGAAUUCCCCCCAGGCACACGGUGCUGGGUGACUGGCUGGGGCGACAUUGCUUUUCAGGUGCCGCUGCUGCCCAAAAAUCUGCAGGAGGUGGAGGUCCCCAUCGUGGCAGAUGAGAUCUGUCUUUGGCAAUACCUCAAGAUUGGCAAGGUUAUCAAGGACGACAUGUUGUGUGCCGGGAGCUGGGGCCGGGACUCCUGCCAGGUGAGACCCCCAGACUGUGGCCUCCGUCCAUUGCUCCUGCCUGCAGGGGCCCUGGGUCAUGACUGUGUUUCCAGUCUCCUGGCUCUCACCACCUUAGACACCAACAUCUCAGCACGGAAGACAGGGACUCUGGCCCCAGGAGGGAAUGAUGGGUUUCUAGAGACCUGA